AUGCCUCCAGUAACGACAGCAGAUACGCAGGAGCAGCAGGCGGCGAGUUCUUCGUCAACGUCGAUUCUAAAAGAGCGCCGGUUCAAACUCAGCAGAGCGUGUGAUCGUUGUCGGAGGAGGAGAAUCAAAUGUGACGAAGGGCAUCCUUGUCAGGCAUGCCUGACUGCCAAUUCAUCAUGUACCUUCGAAGAACCAGGAAAGAGGACACAUCCUCACAAGUCAAAACGCACUGCUACCCUGGAGGAUCGGAUGCAUCACCUCGAAACUCUUAUUCAGGCCAUUCCGCCUGCCGUCUUUGCAGCUGGUGGAGCCCCUUCGAUACCCUCUUCUUCAGAUGUCGCAUCAAGUCCAGUCGUACCCUUCAUGUACCCUGAUGGAAUGCCUUCUGGAGUGCCGCCACCUUCGUUACAUGUAUUUCCUCUGAUGAAUCCAUCUAAUCAUUUUACUCGCGAACACAAGGUGGAUGAACGACAUCACAGUCCCCAUCAUUCAUUCAGCUCCCUGCUCAGUGGAGGAGCGUUCAAUCUCCCUCAAGAAGAGCCAAGCCGAUUAUCUCUGACAGCUUCGUACCUGUACUUCGACGAUGAAGGCUACACCCGAUGGCAAGGCGAAACAUCUGGGCUACCUGUGCUUGAUCUUCUUGUUGAAAGACACAGCGCCCCUCCUGCUCGAGAUAUCUCCGGGCGAUCAGUCGCUGACUCAAACGCCGCAAAAAUGGCCAGUGCGAACGCAGAGUGGUUUCCCGAUCGUCAACCCCGCCGCACCGAUGAUUACGGGAAUCCACAGAAAUGGGGUGAACCAGGCUUCGCCUCCUUUAUUGUUGCUGUUUGUUGUCUUGCCUCGCGGCAUAUGGACGACCCUCGAGUUAGAGCAGACCCCAAUGACGGCAUCUCAGCCGGCACCCAAUGGUUCGAACUCUUCGGUCGACUUCGUACACUGCCCAUUUCAGAUCGACCUACUCUGUAUAAUAUUCAGGCCAAUCUUAUCGCCGCUGUUUAUGCUGUGGGUCUCGGGAAACUUUCAAAAGCCGCUGCACUACUUGCCGAAGCUGUUACAAUGUCUAUUGAUGCAGGACUCCACCGCUCAGCUGAUAGCUACGAUCUCUUCGACGCAAUCGAGGACGAAGUCCGGAAGCGAACUUUUUGGUGCGUCUACAUAUGGGACAAGCAACUUGGCGCCCAUUUUGGACGACCUUCGAUGCUGCGGCUGAGAGACUGUGAUGUCUCUGAACCUUCCCCUGUCGAUGAUGAAUUCAUUACUAGAGACGCUAUCAACACUCCACCCCCUGGUACAGAGUCUCGAAUGAGUGCUUUCAUCGUAUCAUUGCGGAUCAUGGUUGUCCUUGAAGCAGUCCUCGAUGUUCCGCCGGCCCGCCAAUCCGAGGAUCCGACGUCUUUUCUGCUGAAUGCGACUAAAGUGCUAUCGGGAACGAAGAGAUUCAAGGAGAUGCGAGAGGAGGAAGCGCUGCUGGAUGAUAUUCAUCGGAAGAUUCCCGCAUAUUGGUCGCACUCUCCCGAAACACUCAACAGCGACGAUACUAUUCGUUUGACACAGGCUGAGAGGCUGCACUGUGCUGAACAAUUCGUUCGUCUUCUGAUCUAUCGCCACCGGUUCUCAGAACUAGUGGCUGAGAGAACUAGCGGCCCUAUCGCAGAAGAACAAUCCGAAGCUGAGCAAGGGGCUUUAAUUGCUGCACACAACUCGGCUCUACAGAUUGUCUCCGCUCAUGUUCAUAUAGCGAAGAAGGGGCUGAUGACAUACUAUGGCGUUCACGUGAUACACCAACUCACCCAAGCUGGGAGAACGUUGGUUGCUGUACUACUAUGUUGCAAGACGGAUGCGCUGCAGCACUUGAUACCGCCAGGCUUGGAUGCGCUUCGGUCUUGUAUUGGCCUUCUACGACGUUUCAGUGGUCGUUAUGUCUGCGGGCUCAGGUCAGGCGACCUCAUGGAAGAAUUCUGUCGUCUCACCAACAUUCCUCUGGAAACCGCCCGCCAGGAUGGUUCCGCGAGCGCUACCCGACCGCCAUGGAUACGCCCCGUGCGCAAGAAAGCGCCGUCCGUCGCCCGUUCCAACCAAAGCGGGGACUCGCCUUCCCACCAUAGCAGCCCUGAAGCCUUCUCACCCUCCGAUUUCUUUGCCGAGCCUCUCAAGACCGCUUCCGCCUUUCCAUCUGGGCCUCCACUUCCUGGGCCCGGUCCUGCAUCAUCGAGUUCGGUUGCAUCGCCGCCUCAGUAUGCUGCCCAGCCGGUCCAGACAAAUGGCAACAAUAACUCGUCGUUCAUGGAUACAUCCGGCAUGGAAAUGAUGAGGGACGACUCUCACAUGUACAUGUCCCAGGAAAUGAUGGCGCUGUUCAACGACGGCGGUGUCGAUGUGCAGCAUCUUUUCUCAUCGGAUUUUAUGCAGCCUAUUUCUCCUCAGCAAGCUCAACAACAACAGCAGCAACAGCAACAGCAACAUCAUAUAGGAAAUGGGAACGACUCUAGUACGCCUAGUGCUGGCUUCGCUGGUCCCAACUUUUUGAAAAUGAACGGGCUCGCUACCUCUCCAUAG